AUGGGAUCGACUUCGCGGACUUGCAAGAGCGACAAGAGCUGGGGAGGCAUGGAAAUGAUCUGCACCGCCACGCCCGACUUUUGUCCACAGCUCUCGCCGCCGGCGAACGGUUACAUCUCGGGUUCGUGCGAACGGACCGUGUCCGAAGUGUGCGGGGUGUUCACUUGCAACGCGGGCUACACUCGCUCGUCUGGCUCGACUUCUCGCACCUGCCAGAGCGAUAGAGGCUGGUCCGGCACCGAUGUCGUUUGCUCUCUCGACGGCAACUACUGCACCCAGUUAUCGGCUCCUGCUAAUGGUGCUAUCACCUCAUCGUGCGCCGCCAAAGGCACGCUCGGUGACGUCUGCGGCGACUUUGUGUGCAACGCGGGUUACUCGUUGUCGGGCUCGAUUACCCGCACCUGCCAGCUUGGUGGCGUGUGGAACGGAUCGAUUGCCGCGUGCACGCCAGUAAGCAACUACUGCCCUCCAUCUCCUACGCCGUCGUCCAAUAUGGUCACGGGAGAGUGUUCCCGUGCCAUCGAUGGCGGUUGCCUCUACUCGUGUAGUGACGGCUACGAGAUAGUCGGUGGCUCCGGCCGCCUCACUUGCUCGGCGGGGCCGACUUGGACCGGUACCCGCGGGACGUGCGAGCCCAUCGACAGCUACUGUAGUCCGCUUCUUCCGCCGCAUAAUGGCAUGGUUGCUGUACCCUCGCUCUCUAUCAACAGUGAGGCUACAUACACAUGCAACCUUGGCUAUGUCCGCACUGCUGGCUCGGCAACAAGGACUUGCAACGCCGAGUCGAGCAGCUCGGGUGUUUGGUCUGGCACCGUGACCAUUUGUACCGAGGAUAAUGGGUAUUGUGAAAUAGCCAGUGUCCCACCAGCUCCGCCGCAUUUUGAGCUCUACUCUUGCGACGGAUCACAGGGUGGCGAGUGUGUCUUUGAGUGUGAGCAAGGCUACUCGCUCGCGGGCAACGAUCACUUCACGUGCGAGUCCGACAGAAGCUGGUCAGGCGCGCUUGGCUCGUGCACACUUCAGCCCAACUACUGUACUCCGCUCGCCAUCCCGGGCAAUGGCACGCGCGGCGCGUGCUCCGGCACAUUGGGUGAAGUCUGCGGGCCAGUGACAUGCAAUGCCGGCUAUGAGGUGAGCGGCACGGCAAGCAGGACGUGUAACUCUGGUGGGCUUUGGUCUGGCACGACGGCAACAUGUGAUGCCAUUGAGUUCUACUGCCCCAGUGUCACACCGCCGUCUCAUGCCGUCUUGGACACUUGCGCGCGCUCGAUUGGAGCCACAUGCUCAUAUUCCUGCAGCAGCGGCUAUGUGCCGGACCAGGCCCAGACGAUGACUUGCCUGGCGGGCCCGGCUUGGUCGAACUCGUUCGGCUCGUGCAUCCCUGAUCCAGAGUUUUGUCCACUGCUCACCGCACCGGGCAACGGCUCGCUCGCGGCUUGCGACCAGAGCCUCAACACCGUUUGCGGCCCGGCGGACUGCAAUCCGGGCUAUGACCUGUUGGGCGAUGCGGUUCGAACGUGCGUCGACGGCGAAGAUGCCGGCGGGACUUGGACGGGCACCGCGCCAUCAUGCGCCCUUGAUUCCGAAUUCUGCCCAGUCCUUCCCGCGCCGAGCAGCGGCUUUAUUGCCGCGUGCGAUCGUUCGGUUGGCGGUCAGUGCACAUUUGUCUGCGAGCCCGGCUACGAGCCGUCUGGCUCGCUUGUGGCAACAUGCACCUCUGCGAGCACUUGGGAUGUGUCACUGGGAUCAUGCACGAAGAUAUUCGGCUAUUGUAGUGGCCUCCCGCCGCCGGAUAACGGCGGCGCCCUGGCGUGUGGCAACAGUCUUGGUGACUCGUGCAGCUUUACCUGCAACACUGGGUACUUGCUGACUGGCUCGACGGAACGGACAUGCCUCGCCGGCACAACGUCGUCGGGCGUGUGGUCCGGCACCGAACCUGCUUGCAUCAUCGAUGGAGUGUACUGCGGCGAGGGUCCACCUGCGCCUGGCAAUGGGACCCGUGGUGAUUGCUCUCGUGUCAUCGGCGGCGCGUGCACCUACGCCUGUGACCCGGGCUACACCCUCAGCGGUGAUGACCAGCUCACCUGCGCAGUUGGGCCUUCGUGGGUCGGCACCUUGCCCAGCUGCUCGCUGACAAACGGCUACUGCCCGAUCUCGGCUCUGGUUGAUGGCGUUGCUCCGCCGUGCCAUGGUCGUCUUGGCGAGACCUGUGGGCCGUACGUCUGCAAUCCCGGCUUUACCCACUACGGCGGUGCUAGUCUGACGUGCGAGUUUGGCGGCGUGUGGUCCGACGUCGUCCCAUUCUGCUCGGCGGCAUCGUCGUCGAACUCGCGCGUCAACUCGCUCAACACAGUGACGUUUUCCGCAGACAUGACUCCUGGGUGGAGCUUUGAAGUUCAGGUCUUUGACGCCAACAACACCGUCAUCACGUCGGCAGUCGACCGAAUCGUGGUUCGGCCAGCCGGCACGGCCAUUACGCUCACCUCGUCGUCUCUCGCGACAGUCGAUUGGGACGCGACUUUGAGCGUGUGGAAGGGUGCAGUGACGCUUCGUCGGGCUGGCGUCUUCAACCUCAAUGUCUUUCUCAAUCUGAACCCAAUCGCGUCCUUGGCCGGCUCGACGCUGUUCCAGAUCCAGGUCGAGCCAGGCCUGCCUGCGGCCGCCAACUCUGUGGCCGACGGACCCGGCCUGGCCAUCGGCUCAUCGGUGAUCCAGGGCCAACCCGUUCUGUUCUACAUCAGCCCGCACGAUGCGUACAACAACAUCAUCCACAUUUCGGACGUGCAAGCUGAGGCCUUGUCUGGUGCUCUUGGCUUCGAGGCUGUGCUGGAGUCGGAGACGGUGGACGAUCCACUUGUCGAGUUUGUGCCAGAGCUCUCGGGUAGUGUCGCCAACGGCAAGCUGGCGUUCCGGUACACGGCGGCGACUGGCGGCUUGUACGUGCUCUCGAUCACGCGCGGUGGCGUGGCGAUCAAGGACUCGCCGUGGCUGGUCGAAGUGACAGCGGUCUGCCCGGCUGGGACACGGGCUGUGCAGGCAACCGGUCCAUGCGUCGAAUGUCCAGUCAACACCUACGCGGCGGCAGGCUCAUUUGAGUGUAGCGAGUGCCCAGAGUUUACAGGCGCGCCGGCACGAUCCGAAUCUGCCGCUAACUGCACCUGCCUCGGUGGAGACUGGCACCCGUCAGCCGAGGCCGGCGCAGCGUGCCAGCAGUACCCGCCGUUUGCAACGUGCAGCGGCGGGACCGGUUAUCCGAUUGCUAAUCCCGGAUACUUUGAGACGGCGCCCAACUCGGGCGCCUUUGUAGCCUGUCCGCGGACCAAGGCGUGUCUGGGCGCCGGAGCGUGCGCCGACGGGCACACCGGCUACAUGUGCACCGUUUGCAAGCCGGGCUACUUUUCCAACACGGCGUCCGAGUGCGAGCGGUGCCCACGUGGCUCGUCGGCCAUUUUUGUCGUCCUCUUUGUACUUGUGCUCGUGGUGGCGACGGCAAUGGCCUGCGGGCUGGUGUGGCGGACGCUGCGGGUAGUGGCGGCCCAAGCGCGGACGGGCAACUCUGGCGAGGCAUCGGGCGAGCUCAUCCGGCUCUUCCGCACCAAUAUGAUGCCUGCGUCACUAUCGAUGAUUCUUGUGGCCUUUCAGGUCGUCGGCAUCUUUGCCGAUGCCAACUUUGCGUGGUCGGACGCGUCGCGGGCAUCGCUCCGGCUCUUCAACGUUUUCAACAUUGACGUCGACAUGUUUGCCACCGAGUGUGCGCUGCAAUCGUUCCACGCAAAGUACGCCUUUUCGAUUGUGCUCCCACUCUUUGUAAUCCUUGUCACCUUGGCGUUCAUCGUAGGCUUCAAAGUUGUCGGCGCGCGCCACGUGACUCGCCUUGCCCCGCUGGCCACGGUCUCGAUCCGGACCCUAGUCGACGCCGUGCUCUUUGCGCUGGCACCGCUGCUGUACAUCCCCGUCUCGCGGACAGCGCUCAUCAUGUUUGACUGCACGCGGCUGGCCGAUGGCUCGUACGUCCUCGAUUCUAACCCAGGCAUCAAGUGCUUCAACUCGCAGUGGUGGGAGCUGCUUCCUGUCGGCCUGGUGGCGCUGGUUGUCUACGUCCUCGGCCUCCCGAUCUACUUUGGCAUCGCCCUCCUCCGCCGGCGGCAUAUCCUCUUCCUGCCGUCGGUCACCGUCCGGUUCGGUACCCUCUACCGCCUCUACCGCAAAGCGUACUACUGGGGCGAAGUGGCGAACUUGGUCAAGCGGCUGGUCAUCGUCAUUCUGGCCGUCUUUUUCUCGUCGCGGCAGCUCCUGCAGAUCAGCCUCAUGCUUGCGCUCCUCACCACCUCACUCGUUGUUGUCUCGCGCUACGAGCCGUACUACUUUCCGCUCUACAACGCGGUGGACACCCGGCUCUCGGUAAUGCUCAUUAUCAUUCUCAUGAUCGGCACCGGGUCGUACGCUGAGCGCGAUGCGGCGUCAUCCGACUCGACCUUUUUUGUCCUCACCCUUGUCGCUAUCAUCGCCCUUGUCCUCGUCUCGGUCCACGCUCUCGCUGUCGACGUGUGGCUCAUCUACCGCGAACGGCACGGCAAAAGCGACUGA